GUGAACAUGUCUCUGGGCCUGUCUCUGGCAUUUGCCACCAGCCCUUUCCGACUGCUGGCCUGUGGCCCCACUGUGCACCAAACUUGUAAUGAGAACACCUAUGUGAACGGCUUAUGCUUCCUGUUUGGACCCAACCUAUGGCAGCAGCCCCAGACUUUCCCAGAGAAGCUCAGAGAGUGCCCUCGACAGGACAGUGAUAUUGCCUUCUUGAUUGAUGGCUCUGGUAGCAUCAUCCCGAAUGACUUUCAGCGGAUGAAGAACUUUGUCUCAACUGUGAUGAAUCGAUUCAAGAAGUCCAAAACCUUGUUUUCUUUGAUGCAGUUCUCUGAAGACUUCCAGACUCAUUUCACCUUCAAUCAGUUCAAGAAAAACCCUGACCCAGAAUUUCUGGUGAAAUCAAUAAGACAGCUGUACGGGAGGACACACACUGCCACAGGAAUCCGCAAAGUAGUAAGAGAACUGUUUCGUAGCAGUAGUGGAGCCCGGGAGAAUGCCCUUAAGAUCCUAGUUGUCAUCACAGAUGGAGAAAAGUUUGGCGAUCCCUUGGAAUACAAGGAUGUCAUCCCUGAAGCAGACAGAGAGGGGAUCAUUCGCUAUGUCAUUGGGGUGGGUGAUGCUUUCAACACUCCAAAAAAUCGUGAAGAGCUUAAUACCAUUGCAUCCAAGCCUCCUCGUGAUCAUGUGUUCCGGGUGAAUAACUUUGAAGCUCUGAAGACCAUUCAAAACCAGCUUCAGGAAAAGAUCUUUGCAAUUGAGGGUACUCAGACAGGAAGUACCAGCUCCUUUGAGCAUGAGAUGUCUCAGGAAGGCUUCAGUGCUGCCAUCACCGCUAAUGGUCUCUUGCUAGGUGCUGUGGGGAGCUUUAACUGGGCUGGUGGAGCCUUUCUUCAUGUGUCAAAGGAUAAAUUUACCUUCAUCAACACAACCAGGGUAGAUUCAGACAUGAACGAUGCUUACUUGGGUUAUGCUGCUGAAGUCAUCUUGAGGAGCAGGGUACAAAACCUGGUUCUUGGGGCACCUCGAUAUCAGCACACUGGCCUGGUGGUGAUGUUCAGAGAGAAUGCUGGUACCUGGGAGACCAACGCUGUUAUCAAGGGCAGCCAGAUUGGCUCCUACUUUGGAGCCUCCCUCUGCUCUGUGGACAUUGAUAAUGAUGGCAACUCUGACCUGGUCCUCAUCGGGGCCCCCCAUUACUACGAGCAGACAAGGGGAGGCCAGGUGUCUGUGUGCCCCUUGCCUCGGGGGAGGGCUAGGUGGCAGUGUGGGGCUGUUCUCCGUGGGGAGCAGGGCCACCCCUGGGGCCGCUUUGGGGCAGCCAUGACAGUGCUGGGAGAUGUCAAUGGGGACAAGCUGACAGACGUGGCCAUCGGGUCUCCAGGAGAGCAGGAGAACAAGGGUGCUGUCUACCUAUUUCAUGGAACCUCAGGACCGGGCAUCAGUCUGUCUCACAGCCAGCGGAUUCAAGCCUCCCAGGUCUCCCCUGGGCUCCAGUAUUUUGGUCAGUCACUAAGUGGGGGCCAGGACCUCACAAUGGAUGGACUGGUGGACCUGGCUAUAGGGGCCCAAGGCCAUGUGCUGCUGCUCAGAUCCCAGCCUGUGCUGAGACUUGAGGUGACCAUGGAGUUCACACCCAAGGAAGUGGCAAGGAAUGUGUUUGAGUGUCAUGAAAAGGUGGAGAGAGGUCAGACUGCUGGAGAGGUCAGAGUUUGCCUCCAUGUCCGCAAGAACACACGGGACCGACUAAGAGAAGGAGAGAUCCAGAGCAAUGUUACAUAUGACCUGGCUCUGGACCCACGUCUCCCACAUCCCCGAGUUGUCUUUGAUGAGACAAAGAACAGCACACGCAGACAGACAAGGAUCUUGAAACUGAAUCGAGAAUGUGAAACCCUAAAGCUACUGUUAGUGUAUUGUGUAGAGGACUCAGUGACCCCCAUCAUCCUGCACUUCAACUUCUCUCUGGUGGGGGAGCCCAUGCCCUUAUUCAAGAACCUCCAGCCAGUGCUGGCUGUGGAUGCUCAGAGACACUUCGCAGCUUUGUUUCCCUUCGAGCAGAAUUGUGGCAGUGACGGCAUUUGCCAUGAUGACCUCAGCAUCACCUUCACUUUUAUGGGCCUGGACACCCUGGUAGUGGGUGGUCCCCGAGACCUCAAUGUGACACUGACUGUGAGAAACCAGGGCGAGGACUCCUACAGGACUCAGGUCACUGUCUUCUACCCACCUGGCUUGUCCUAUCGGAGGGUGUCAGUGGCCCAGAAGCAGCUCUCAUGGCAACGUUGGCGCCUGACUUGUGAGGCUGAUGACUCCAUCAAUGGGCCUGAGCGCUUGAAGAAUAGCAGCUGCAGCAUAAACCACCCCAUCUUCCCAAACUCCUCAGAGGUCACUUUUAAUAUCACAUUUGGUGUGGAAUCUGAUGCUUCCUUUGGAGACAGACUACUCCUCAAGGCCAAUGUGACGAGUGAGAACAACACAACAAGGACCAACAAAACUGAAUUCCAGCUGGAGCUGCCUGUGAAAUACACAGCCUUCAUGGUAGUCACCAGCCAUGAGGUCUCCACCAAAUAUCUCAACUUCAUAGCUGCGGAGAAGACCAGCCACACUAUAGAGCAUAAGUAUGAGUUCAACAACUUGGGGCAGAGGAGCCUCCCCAUCAGUGUGGUCUUCUGGGUGCCUAUCAAGCUGAACCAACUGACUGUGUGGGACAACCCCCAGGUCACCUUUUCCAAGAACCUCUCCAGCACAUGCCACACCAAGGAGAGGGACCCUCCUCUCUCUGACUUCCUGGUGGAGCUUAAGAAGACUCCGGUUGUGAACUGCUCCAUUGCUCUCUGCCAGAGAAUCCAGUGUGACAUCCUGUCCUUUGGCAUCCAGGAAAAAGUCAAUAUCACUCUCCAAGGCAAACUUUCGUUUGACUGGUAUAUCAAAACUUCAACAAACUACCUUCAGGUUGUGAGCACGGCAGAGGUCUUAUUUGAUAAUUCGAAGUUUGCCCUGCUUCCAGGACAGGAGGCAUUUCUGAGGGCCCAGACAGAAACCAAAGUGGAGCCAAAUGAAGUGCACAAUCCUGUACCACUUAUAGUGGGCAGCUCAGUGGGGGGGGCUGGUGCUUCUGGCCCUCAUCACCGCUGGACUGUACAAGCUCGGCUUCUUCAAACGGCAGUACAAGGACAUGAUGAGUGAAGCUGGUCCCGAUGCUGCCCAGACCCAGUAACAGCUCCUUCCC